UGGACACACGUCUUGCACCGAAGUUCUGUGGAAGAGCUGCGUUCAUUUGGAGAGAGAAACAGAGACGGGGCAAAGUGAGCCAGGCUCAAGAGGAGGAAAAGAGGCAGAAACAAGGACAGAUAGAUACGGCUUUCUUUAAGACUCGCGAAUUCUUUCAUCCAGGGAGUUUCGGUGCGCCUUGAAAGAAAGAAGGAAACCGCGCGCAAUUUACCAGCGCACUAAUCUUUGGGUCAUUCAUUUUUUCUGGGAAAAGACUCGAAAUAAAAUAUUGCACUAAGUGGAUGUGAAAACCGAGCAGGAGUUCAACACAGAGCCGGAGGAAUGUAUCCAAAUCAGGAAGCGGUGAGCCAGCGUCAGUGGAGAUGUCCAGCCUGCGCUCUAUGGAUCGCCGUGCUCCUCCAAAGUGUCCUGGAUCUGAACGCGUCUGGGUCAGAGCUUCCCCAGGACCCCAAUGUGCUAGCUGCCACUUCACGGAACAACACAAGUGAAGGGCCCUUUUUUAUUCGUCUUGAUGCUCCCGUGAACAACAUUACCACUUCUCUGGGCCACACAGCCGAACUUCACUGCCGCGUAUCUGGCAAUCCGUUGCCUACUGUCCGCUGGCUGAAGAACGACGCCCCUGUGGUGCAGGAGCCAAGGCGGGUCUCCUAUCGUACAAUGCCAUAUGGAUCACGUCUUCGUAUCCGCAACCUGGACACAACUGACACAGGUUACUUCCAGUGUGUGGCCACGAAUUCUGAGGGAUCUGUGUCUACAACAGGAGUGCUCUAUGUCAAAUUUGAUCCAGUCCCUACACCUCAGCCAGGAAAGCCCACAGAGGAAUUUGAUGAGGAGGGAUUCUGUCAGCCAUACAGAGGGAUAGCCUGCGCUCGCUUCAUCGGUAACCGCAGCAUCUUUGUCGACUCGCUGCAAAUGCAGGGUGAGAUUGAGACCCAGAUCACAGCUGCCUUCACCAUGAUCGGAACAUCCAAUCAUUUGUCUGAUCGUUGCUCCCAGUUUGCCAUCCCAUCUCUUUGCCAUUUUGCCUUCCCCACAUGUGACCGCAGCUCAGGUACCGACAAACCUCGGGAGCUUUGUAAAGAUGAAUGUGAGAUCCUGGAGAACGAUUUGUGCAAGACAGAGUACAUCAUCGCCCGCUCAAACCCACUUAUACUGAAGAGACUAAAACUGCCAAAUUGUGAGGACUUGGCUGCCUCCGACAGCCCAGAGGCUGCCAACUGUUUGAGGAUCGGGAUUCCCAUGGCUGAGCCCAUUAACAAGAAUCACAAAUGUUACAACAACAGCGGGACAGACUACAGAGGGACGAUCAGCAUGACUAAGUCAGGGCGUCAGUGUCAGCCGUGGAACUCCCAGUAUCCUCACAGCCACACCUUUCUGGCCAUCCACUACCCAGAACUGAAUGGGGGUCACUCGUACUGCCGAAAUCCAGGGAACAAGCACAAAGCCCCCUGGUGUUUCACACUUGAUGAAAGGGUCGAAAUGGAGCUCUGCGACAUUCCCAUCUGUGACCAUAAGCCUGGUGGCAGCAACAUGGAGAUCUUGUACAUCCUGGUUCCCAGUGUGGCGAUCCCAUUAGCCAUCGCUUUGCUUUUCUUCUUCAUUUGUGUUUGCCGUAACAACCAGAAGUCCUCCAGGCCUCCCGCACCACGGCCACCCAAACCGGUCCGAGGACAAAACGUGGAGAUGUCCAUGCUCACAACGGCAUACAAACCAAAGAGUAAAGCCAAAGAGCUUCCCCUGUCAGCAGUACGUUUCAUGGAGGAACUUGGAGAGUGCCCUUUGGGGAAAAUCUACAAGGGUCACCUGUACCUGCCAGGCAUGGACCAGGCCCAGCUUGUGGCUAUAAAGACUCUGAAAGAUGUUUCCAAUGUUCAGCAGUGGGGAGACUUCCAACAGGAGAUUGCGGUGCUUUCCGAGCUGCAGCACCCCAACGUGGUGUGCCUGCUGGGUGUGGUGACCCAGGAGCAGCCGGUGUGUAUGCUGUUUGAGUUUCUGCCAAAUGGGGAUCUUCACGAGUUCCUCAUAAUGCGUUCACCACACUCUGAUGUUGGCUGUAGCAGUGAUGAAGACGGCACAGUAAAAUCCACCUUGGAUCAUGGCGACUUUCUGCACAUGGCCACACAGGUGGCUGCAGGGAUGGAGUAUUUGGCCAGUCACUUCUACAUCCAUAAAGACCUUGCAGCUCGGAACAUUUUAGUGGGUGAACAGCUUCACGUAAAGAUAUCAGACCUGGGUCUCUCAAGAGAGAUCUACUCCUCUGACUACUACUGCAUCCAGCCCAAAACUCUGCUGCCUAUUCGCUGGAUGCCCCCUGAGACAAUAGCCUACGGCAAGUUCACCACAGACUCGGACAUCUGGUCGUUUGGAGUGGUGCUGUGGGAGGUCUUCAGCUACGGUUUGCAGCCCUACUACGGAUUUUCCAACCAGGAAGUUAUGGAGAUGGUGAGAAAGAGGCAACUGUUGCCCUGCCCAGAGGACUGCCCACCAAGAUUUUAUGGUUUGAUGACUGAGUGUUGGCAGGAAGGACCAGCACGCCGACCGCGCUUCAAGGACAUCCAUGCCCGCCUGCGAGCCUGGGAGGGGCUGUCAUCCCAUGCCAGCUCCAGCACACCUUCUGGAGGAGGCAACGCCACCACUCAGACCACCUCCCUCAGCGCUAGCCCUGUUAGCAACCUCAGCAACCCUCGUUAUGCUGCUGCCGCUGCUGCAGGCUACCUCUAUCCAGCUCAGGCUAUUCCCGCGCCAGGGCAAAUGGCUCCAAUUCCAGCCUGGACGCCUAUGGCUGUAACCCAAACCCACCAGCGCUUUAUCCCUGUCAACGGAUACCCCAUCCCACCAGGAUACGCAGCCUUUCCAGCUCAUUUUGCACCCCCGGCUCCACCCACUAGAGUAAUCCAACAUCACCUGCCACCUCCCAAAAGCCGCUCACCCAGCAGUGCCAGCGGCUCCACCAGCACGGGUCACGUCAGUGGUGUGCCCUCCACCUCAGGCUCCAACCAUGAGGCCAACACACCGCUGCUUUCCCACUGUAUCAUGCCAGGAAGCGGAGGAGGGCAGGCUCAGAUGUAUGGACAACUUUCCCAGAAAGGGGGGGCACAGCUGGACCACGUGUCACAAACAUCAGCUCUGCUCACUCCUGACUCUGACACACUGAUGUACAACGACUCAGUGAUCACCGCAAACCUGUAGAUGGACGGCAGAAUGCUCACUCUCCCUUCUCUGGACACUUAUCUGAGAAGUUUCGUCUCUAAGCCGGGGAGCCAGUAUCACAGUUGUACUUUGGUCAUAUUGCGACCCAACAGAAGCAGGCUUGUACAUACAUCUAGGUAUGCAAGACCUCUGUCACAGCUACACAAGUAUUAUAAACAGCUGUCUGACUUUGUAAUGCCUUACUGUUUAAAGCAAGUGUACUUACUAUCACGAUUUGAAAAUGUUAUUUUAACCUUUGUAAAUAUGGUACCUAAGUCCUGAGUGAAUGAAUGAAAUACAUAAAUAUAUAUUCAAAGGAACUUUUUUAAGAAAAAACGUUAAAGGUGAAGAAGUAGCAAUCCCACCCUGUGUCCUUAUAAAAUGGUUUCUUGAUAAAGAGUUCCUGUGCCCAUUAAUAGACUUAAACACAGGAUUCCUCAUUUAUGAGACCACCUUUAGGUGCCUUUCAGCGAUGCUGUGACUUGCUCCUUUAUAUAUGUACUAACAAAAAUAUCAGAUAGCCAGUCAAGCAAGAAUAGGAGCAACAGGUGGGUUGUGUUAGAAGAUUGGUCCUGAGCUUCUUAAAGUAUACAGGUAUGAUAUUCUGCCCUUUAAAGUCCAGAAAUGCUCUUCAGUUUGUUUGAUUUAGCUGUUUUGCCAGACAGCUAACAGCUAAAUGCUAUCAUUUCAUAUGAACUCGGACGGGCUGCAGAUGUUAAUGGCAACAGCAUAUGCUGAGAUCUGGGAGAGUGCAUCUUCAUUUUCAGACAAAAUCCAUUUGAAAAUGACAGCUGAAUGUUUUUCUUUUGUUUCUGUUUGUUUUUGUUUUUGUUUUUCCUCUGCAACCUCAACAUGACUAUCUUGAGACUUCACCAACAGGUACACAGGCAUCUCUGUCUGUUCAAACUAUCCUCAAACCUGCCCAAUCAGAGAACCCAGGACUUUUUCUCAUUGGACAAUAAGCUCCUUAUCGUUUUCCUUAUUUUCCCAUCAGAUUCACCAUUUAACUUUAAAACUGAACAGGUCUCAGGGAAGGCAUUUCACCCAACAAAUAAGAUCUGGAGUCAGUUUUAUUUUGGAGAUGGACUUAAAAGAUUUUGUCCUUAGCGCUUGUCUUUAUGUUUUGUUUAUCAGUAUAAUACAGAAAACACCAUUUCUUAUCUGAUAUGGUUACAGUGGUACUUCAAGUCUCAGCCGUGUACAGUAAAAAAUCUUGUUGGAUGUCCUUAAAUGUGUGUGUUUUGUGCCUGAAAAAAGAAAGUUUUUCCUAAAAGAGGAUUUAUUUCACAGAUUGUGAUAUGUGCUGAGAGAUUUAUGGAUGCAACUUUUACUCAACUCUAUCGAUAUUUCAGUAACACCUGGUGGUAACUGUAUUAACAUGUAGGGGAUCUAGGUAAGGAGCAGAGAAAACACUCAGAAAAGCACAAAAACAACCAGCAUAGUUCAUCCAUGCAAGUCUUUGCUUAUCGUUAUAUUUAUUUGUCAAAAUGUACAGCAUAAAGCAUCAAAGCAGUCAGUUCAAGUUGGUUGUGUUGACUCCUUUUUUAAAAAUGAAGAAGUGUGUGUGUUUGGUAAAAGAUAAACUGUCUUUUCAGUUAGUUUUUGGUCAUGACAUUGAUUAGAUGCUAAAUGUGAGAUUCUUCUAACAAUAAAAGGGCCACCAAAACAGGAGUAAAAUAAUUGUUUGUGAUCUUAAUUUUGAUCUUAAAGUUUAAUUGUAAAAACGAAAAUCAGAAAAAAAAUUGUUCGGCACUUGUUUAAUGAACAAUCAACAGGAUUUUAAUGGUCACAGAAGUGCUCUUGGUUGUGUGUGUGUGUGUGCUGCACCAUGUUGUCACUGACUAUAAUGCUGUAAUUCAGCUGUAUUUCUCACACACAUCAGAUAUAACUCAUAAGUUCCCCUGCAGCCUUUCGCUGAGUGUGUGGUAGAAUGUAGAUGGUUUAUCCAUCUUUAAAGAUCUACAGGGUUCCUGUUGUCAGUGGAUAAACACAGCAGCUCAAAUCAUCACCUUCACUUUAUAAAUCAGAUAAAUGAUUAAAAACUCUGGUUGAAUAUCCUCAUUAGAAAAACCAAAUGGGGAUGAAGAGGAAGCCCUUGUUUUCAUCUUCAGAAGGAAUUUUGUUUCUUGAGUCAAAUCCAGUCAAUUUAAAUACCUGAAGUUUAUUUUUCAACCAGCAAUUUUUUUCACAGCUGUCUUUUUCCCCUGUUCUUCCAAGUUUUUUUUGUUUGUUUUUUGUUUUAAAGCAGUCUGAGCUGCCUAAAGUUUUUUUUCUCACAUGACUUCCAGCACAUAAAGGAUGUACAAUUACUAAAUAGCAGAGCAAAAACCACUUGUACACAAGACUGUGAAUCUUAAUCAUGUACUAGGUAUUCAUGCAUUUGACUAAAAAACGUGUGCCUUUUUUGUUUUAUUCUAGAUCUUUUUUUCAAGACAAUGUUCAAAUAAAUGUAUAAUUCAAGAAGAGUCCCCAUUACAGAAGGUUUACAUUCAUUUUGACCAAGAGAUGCCUUGUCUUUGUAUUUUGUCUGAAUAUUUUUGCACAGAUGUUUUGUAUUGCAAAAAUCAUUUAUUAAAUGAUGAUGUUUGGUUAA